GGGGACCGCGACUCACAAACUAGUAGUGAUGGAGGCAACGUGGAGGAUAUGCUACUAAGUAUGUUGGAUGAGCGUGAUCGUCUCAUGGUGGCCCUCAGGGAGGCUCGGGAGGAAGUACAGUUGACCCGGACGCGUCUUGCUGAGGUAGAACGAGAACGCGAUGCACUGCAGGCCCAAAUUGCAAGUACCAUCCCUAAGGAUUUAGCAGAGUGCAUCAAAGAACUGACCAAGGCGAAGGAGGAAUUGAAGCAACGCAUGGAUGAAAUUCUCGAAUUAAAAGCUGAAAGAAACAACACUCGUGUGAGUAAGCUCUUUUUAUUUCAAAUGCGUUUUUGGUUCGCCUUUAAUAAUCCCUCUCCUCCGCCUCUUCAAAAGCGCUUGUGA